AUGAAUGCUGCCACCACUGCCAGGUUGAGGGCAGUAGAGACACCUGCUUGCAGGCGAACCCGUCAAUUCAGAGAUGCUACGGCAAUAGCGACCGCUAGGGCUGCUGAGAGACCACUCCGUAGAUCUUUUCAAAAUGCUACAAAUGCUGCGACCACUGGCAGGUCAAGGGCAGCUGAAACAUUCGACCACAUGCGCGCACAUCAAUCCAGGGACGUUGCUGCAACAGCUAGGUCGAGGGUGUCCGAGACAGAGCUGCAGCAGGCAACCUGCAAUUCCCGCAAUGCUGCAGCGACUUCUGCUGCCAGAAACUCCAAGGGCCCAAAGACAAGAGCAAAAAGUCUUUCUUGGGCUGCAAACAUGGCCACUGUGCGCUUAUCUCAAACUCCCCAAGCUCACCACAUAUGCCUAGACAGCAACAUUCAGUGUUUUGCCGCCCGUGGUGUUCCCUGUCCCAAAACCUGGAUUGGUGUUUUGCUGCCGUCGGGAAGAGUUCCUUGCAGGGACGUCAUUCUUUCCGUCAGCAUUGAAAUUGACGCCGACAAACAGCCUCGUGAUGAAGACGAACGCCACUACAAUGCUCCUGUGUGCAACGAGAUAUUGUCCUCAAAUCAAGAGUUGGCACUCUUCGCAGAAUUUCAGAGGCCUAUCGAUCAUAUGACGCACUGCAGUACCCUUUACUUUUCCCUUAUGGUGACAAUGGCUACUACUUCGGCUUUCCCCUUCAUACUCCAGGUGGCCAACCUAUAA